GUGAUUUUUUUUCAUGAAAAUGACCGCCACUAGUGACCUAAUCGGUGGCGGUGAUUUUUUGAGUGAAAAUGACAGCUACUGGUGAGGGUUCACGGAAGGGGUAUUCUGUAGUAGUGGUUGAAAAGGUCAGGGUGAAGACAAAACCACCACCAAACUGGCCUUACACAACAUAUAAAUACCUUGACCCGUGUCAUUCACGUUGUAUUGGCCAUACUAUUGAAUUUUAUUUUGUCGAGACGGGGAUGGCACAACUAAGAUGAGGUAUUUAUAUUUAUUGCAAUUAAUUAACAACAACCAAUAUGGAUGGCCUAGCAAAUUAGUCAGUCUUGGGUUCACAUGACCUACGGGAAUGCUAUUCGGUGUGUGAAUGAGAUUCAGCAUGCGAAGCUUAUUUUAAAUGUAUCGUUUUCUGUGAAAUCUGUUUUUUCCGAAGCGAAACUUUUUGCGGAACGCCCUUAUACUGGAUCUACCGGAGAUGCUGUUACCCUUCGGCGUUGGCUCAGGGUAGCUGCGUCCACAAGGGCUUCGAGAUUGAAUGCGACAACAAGGGCCCUGUGCGCGCUAGUACGACUCUUCACGUGGUACACCUGUCCUUGGAUCGUGACGAUCAAGUCGCAGGUGAUACUCCAUAUGGGGUCGCAGUGCUAUAACUUUUCCGAGACGGACACCACAUAGUACAAACUAGUGGUAUGAAUGUCAGAACAGGAACAUAUACUACAGAUCAAACAAGUCUUGGGUGCUCAUACCUGGUACCCAACUACCCAAGUCUUGGGGGUUCACACUGAGUAGCAAAGUCUUGGGGUGUUCACACGGGGUUAAUUAACAGUGGCCAUUGUUUUGGUGGCUUGCCAGGCUGUUUGCACUCCCAAGCGCCUUGGUGGUUUGGGAAUCCGGAAUCUCAGGCUUCUCAAUUCUGCUUUGCGCGCCAAAUGGUGUUGGCUUCAGAGGACUGGCGAUUCCUGUCCUUGGUCUGAGUUCUCGCUGCGCUUACCUUAAUCAGCGUCUCGUCCUACUUGAGGCUGCCUCCAAAUCCGUGAUCGGCGAUGGCACUUCGACUCUCUUCUGGACCGAUACUUUGAUUGAUGGGCGUCGGGUGAAGGAUGUGGCGCCUUCUAUCUUUGCGGCUAGGCGAUUCCACUCAAACAUCUCUGUGGCAGAAGGUUUAGUCAAUGGGGCCUGGACUCAUGAUCUCAGCCCUAAUCUUUGUGCUCCAGCCUUGCAUGAGUUUCUGGAGUUGUGGGACCGAUUGGCACAAAUCGAGCUUGUUGUUGGGUAGACUCCUUUCCAUGGCGUUGGUCCAGCUCGAGGCAAUUUACUGCUUCCUCGGCCUAUUUGGCUUUUUUUGAAGGACGUCUUGAGGCACCAGCUGUGGAUCUUGUCUGGCAUUCCAAGGUGCCCAACGUUGCAAGUUCUUCCUUUGGUUGGCUUGUCAUAGACGUUGUUGGAUGGCCGACAGGUUGGAGCGUCGUGGUCUUGAUAACCCGGAUCGGUGCCCGCUUUGCGACCAUGCUCCAGAAACGAUUGACCUUCUCUUGGGCUGUGUUUUUGCUAGGAUGCUGCCGGGUUGGGGCAGGGAAGAUUGGCUACCGAAAGAUAGGCUGCAAUUGCUGGGUUGGCGGGACAACCUGCAUGAGAGGGGUAAACUUUGUAAACCUCUUACUACUGCAGUCACUCUCUUGUGUUGGUCAAUUUGGAAGCACCGAAAUAGAGUGGUUUUUGUGGGGAGCUCGCCUAGUGUUGGUGCUGUUCUCACCGCGAUUCAGGUGGGAGGUAGUGCUUGGUGUCAGGCUAAUCUUCUAGGUAAUUCGGUUUUCGCCUUGGUUCUGAGUGGGAGAGAUGAGUGGAGAGAUUCUGGCUAAUUGUAUUUUCGGUUGCCCACUUGGGCUUGUAACUCCGUCACGGUAACUUCUUUCUUAAUAGAUGAUAUGCCUGUUUGGGCGUAUUUUAGAAAAAAAAAAACAUCGGUACCCAAUUCAUGGACACUAAUUGGCUCCUCCCAAGCAUAAUUUUGUUGUUUUGCUUUGCUGGAUAUUGGUCCACUUGCCGCUCCUGAAAAUAAACUUCAAGUAUGUCAUUUUCUUACCCCUUGCUAAAAAAUUGUGUCAAGCUUAUAAAAGUUACUAGUUGAUGAUAAGAUUAAGCCUACUGUACCAAUUUCCAGCUACAUAUACCACAGAUGCUUUGUUUUUUGUUGAGGUGGGGAUGGUUACAACCAUAGGAAGUUUGUUGUCAUUGACUAGAGGAAAGGACCAAGCAAAGACUUGGGUCGUGUAUGAUGGAACCACGAUUUCGACACAACAAAAGUCUUCACUACAAGUCAAUAGGACACUCCAAGCAUCUUAGGUGGUUGAGGCCAGCGGCCAGCUUGUAGCCGGCGAUAAAAUUAAGCUAGUUAGACAGCUUUGUCCACAACUAAGCUAGCUCUUCCUAUAUGUAACUAACCCCAGAACACAUGGGAUGCAAUAAUUACUUUGAGCAGCCACUAGCUAGUGCUAGGCAUCAGUUGGUUGGUUCGAUCGACCAUGUCGACCGCCUUGUCCUUCUCCCUGGCCGCCCUGCUACUGCUGAUGGCAGGCACCGGCGGUAGCGAGACGGCGGUGACUCCUGGCUGUCAGACAAGCUGCGGCAGCGUGAACAUCCCUUACCCCUUCGGCAUCGGCAUGGGGUGCUUCCGCAAGGGCUUCGAGAUCGACUGCGUCGAUAAUGGCCCUGUACUUGCGGGCACGCCUCUACGGGUGCUGCACCUGUCCGUGGACCCCGACGUGUCGCAGGUGAUGCUCCCCGUCGGGUGGCAGUGCUACAACGCCUCGGAUCCCUCCUACGUCGAGGUGCAGAGCAACGCGGAGUCAGAGAUGAACAAGGAUGGCGUGUACCGCAUCUCCAACACGCGCAACAUGCUCGUGAUCAUCGGCUGCAACACCGUGGGCUUCACGGUCAGCAGGAGGACCGAGGGCAGCAGCUACUCCUACGCCUACUACACAGGCUGCAUGUCCUUCUGCAACGACUCGGCCAGCGCAGAGGACCGCCUUUGUGCCGGCGUCGGAUGCUGCCACGUCGACAUCCCGCCGGGGCUCACCGACAACUACUUCGACUUCCGGACGUACGACCACACCACCAUGAUGGACUACAGCCCUUGCGACUACGCUUUUCUAGCAGACAGGACCAACUACACCUUCCGGCGCUCCGAUCUCCGCAUGGACAGAAACCGCACCUCACCGGUGUGGCUGGACUGGGCCAUCCGCGACAACAGCUCCGGCGGCGCCAUAUUGUCCUGCGCCAACGCCACCAUGGCCUGCGUCAGCGCUCAUAGUGACUGCGUUGACUCCCCAAAUGGGCCUGGCUACAACUGCAAGUGCUCCAAAGGCUUCCAGGGCAAUGCCUACGUUGUCAACGGAUGCAACAAUAUCAAUGAAUGUGCAGAUAAUGCCAACUAUCCUUGCUACGGUGUCUGCAAGGACACCCAAGGAUCUUACAGAUGCACUUGUCAUCCUGGUUACAGGAGCAAUGACCCGAGAACGGAACGCUGUACUCCGAUAUUCCCACUUGCAGCACAAAUAUCCAUAGGUGCAAUAGGUGGCGUUCUUGUCUUGGCAUUUCUGUCAUUCGGUUUUGUUAUUCACAAAGAGAAAAAGAAGACAAGUGAGUUUUAUGAAAAGAACGGUGGUCGUAUAUUAGAGGGGGCGAAGAAUAUAAAGAUUUUCAAAGAGCAGGAUUUAAAGCCAAUUUUGAAGAAGUUCAAUUUUAUUGGAAAAGGUGCCUUUGGUGAAGUUUACAAGGGUGUUCUUAAUGAAGAAAACGUUGCAGUAAAGAAACCGAUUAGUUGUAUAGUUCUAGAGGACAAAAAAGCCGCAAAUGAAGGUUCUAACUCGAAGAACCAAUUUGCAAAUGAAGUCAUCAUCCAAUCUCGAGUCAUCCACAAGAACAUUGUUAGACUUAUAGGUUGUUGCCUAGAAGUUGAUUCACCCAUGCUAGUCUAUGAGUUUGUCUCUAGAGGAAGCCUUGAUGACAUUCUUUAUGAUAAAAAGGAGUCUCUCAGCUUGGAUGUGCGUGUAAGUAUUGCCGCAGAAUCAGCACGUGGUCUAUCUUAUAUGCAUUCAGAAGCCAAUGCAACGCCAAUCCUACAUGGUGAUGUUAAACCGGCAAAUAUACUCUUGGAUGAUAACUUGAUGCCAAAGAUCUCUGACUUUGGCAUAUCAAGGUUGAUCUUGAGAGACAAGACUCACACCAAGUUAGUCAUCGGGGACCAAACUUAUAUGGAUCCGGUGUACCUCCAAGAAGGCCUAUUGACAGAGAAAAGUGAUGUCUACAGUUUUGGCGUUGUGAUCCUGGAGCUUAUUAGUAGGAAGAAGGCCACACAUAGCGACGGUAACAGUUUAGUUAAGAGUUUUCUCGAUGUGCACAAAAAAGGAAAGAAAGCCACAGAGUUGUUUGACGAGGACAUUGCAGUACAGGGAGAUAUGGAGCGUCUUGAUAGUUUGGCAGAAAUGGCCGUCGAAUGUCUUAACCUUGAUGUGGCGAAAAGACCAUCGAUGACACAAGUGGCACAACGCCUUCUCAUACUGAAUCCAUCUCGUCGGUCGUAAGUGACUUGUCUGCUAGAAGCAAACUAUGUGUAUUCUAUUGUGGCCAAAACAGGUGUUUUGCUGAAUAAUAUAAGCAAUUAUUUAUCAAUGUGGGCUGUGGAAAGGUUUAUUUUGUUUUAGCCGUGAACUGGAAGAUGUGUAUCGUAGUUCUCUUCUGCGGAGAUGGUUGUAUUGUGUGUUUAUUAAUUAAUCACAGUGAACAGUUUUUUUUAAUCA